AUGAAUGAAUCUUCUAUAACGGUGCAAAAGCCCGAUUCUUCCGUAUCAGAGUUUGAUCCGGAAGAUGAAGAUAGUUGGAUGUUUGAAAAUAUUAGUCGAGAAGAAGCCAUUAAUAUGUUACAAGAUCAAGUAAAUGGAACAUUUCUUGUACGACAGAGUGGAACAAUUAUAGGAGAUCUUGUUUUAUGUGUCAAAGAAGGUUCUAAAGUCAGUCAUUAUAUUAUUAAUUGUCGACAUAAUUAUGAUGAUUUUAAAACAAAGUUAACGUAUAAAAUUGGUGAUAAAAUAUUUUCAUCCAUGCCAGAACUACUCACAUUUUAUAAACAACGUCUGUUAGACACAUCACCACUCAUCAAAAUACAUCCAAAACCACAUGUGCGUUGCAAAUACAAUUUUCCCGGCAAAGAUGAAGAAGAUUUACCAUUUAAGAAGGGUGAAAUAUUAAUGAUUGUCAAAAAAGAUGAAGCACUCUGGUGGACAGCAAGAAAUGCGAGCAGUGGAAAAGGUUUAAUACCUGCAAAUUAUGUUGAAUAUGUUCGGUAA